GAAUCGGAAGCUAACAGCGGCUAACUUCCUGUGGCGGGACGAGGAUUUGAAGAAACCCGCGCGGCUCGUUAACCAAAGGUGCUAAUUACCGCUCCCCCCGUGGGAAAACGGACCCAGACCAACUUCCAUGUAACUCCUCCUGCAGCGGAGGAGCCCGCCUGCCGCUGCGGGCGUGAGGGGGACGGGAAACCGCCCCCUCUGAGCGGACGGACUGACGGACGGGAGCCGCCGAUGGAGACCUGCCCUCCUCGGAUCAUUUCCAACUCGGGACUUGAAGUGACAGCAUCUCCUGCCGGGAGUCCGCCUCACUCUGCCCUCUGUGGAUCUACUGGAGGCUUUACAUGAUUUUUAUUUUUUUACCUGUCGGAGGAGAGAAAACCCAUAUCGGAUCUAUGAAAAAACCCGCGUGGAUUUGUAACAUCUUUUCAAAGCAGGAGGAAUGCAUAUUUUGUCUGUGAAACUAACUUUUUUGCUGUCGCUGUUGGGCUUAACACGAGGUCUAAGAUGCUCCAUGCCCACUGAGUCAUGUUUGAACCAGGGGAAGUGUGAAGCAACUCCAGAUGGCAACGGAGAGUGCAAGUGCCAGCAUGGAUUUGUUGGAAGCAGAUGUCAGUUUCAUGACCCCUGCAACAAUCUGCCGUGUGCGAAUGGCGGCACGUGUCGAGCCGUCUCCAAAGGCAACACGGUGGACUUCAACUGCACCUGCAAACUUGGCUUCACUGACCGCCGCUGCAUGACGCCCAUAAACAUCGCCUGCUUCAGCUCACCGUGCCGCAACGAGGGCACCUGUGAGCCCGAGGGUCUGCAGGGCUACAGAUGCCGCUGCCCACCUGGAUUUGCAGGUGAAGACUGCUCCAAAGCCGACCCGUGUGCCUCAAACCCAUGUGCAAACGGUGGCCGCUGCUCCUUGUUUGAGUCCUUCUUCAUCUGCACCUGCACGCCUUUCUUCUCUGGGCAGACCUGCAAACAAGACAUCAACGAAUGCGACAUCAACCCACCGCUCUGCAAAAACGGCGGCUUGUGCAUCAACGAAGUGGGCGGCUACAGAUGCCAGUGCCCCCCUGAAUACAUCGGGAAACACUGCGAGACGCGCUACCUGCCCUGCAACCCGUCGCCCUGCCUUAAUGGAGGCACCUGCAUUCAAAAGGGCGAGACCAACUAUGAGUGCUCCUGUGUGCCAGGUUUUACAGGAAAAAACUGCAACAGCAACAUUAACGACUGUCCAGGUCACGAGUGUCAGAAUGGAGGCACAUGCGUGGAUGGAGUCAACACUUAUAACUGCCAGUGUAAACCCGAGUUUACAGGUCAGCUCUGCAUGGACGACGUCGAUGAGUGCCAGCUGAUGCCCAACGCCUGCCAAAACGGCGGUACCUGCCACAACACGUACGGCGGCUACCAGUGCGUGUGCGUGAACGGCUGGACCGGGGACGACUGCAGCAAGAACAUCGACGACUGUGCCAAUGCCGCCUGCUACAAGGGGUCCACCUGUCACGACCGCGUGGCGUCCUUCUACUGCGAGUGUCCUCCCGGGCGCACCGGCCUGCUCUGCCAGCUGGACGACGCCUGCAUCAGCAAUCCCUGCCAGAAAGGCUCGAACUGCGAUACCAACCCUGUCACUGGAAACCACUUUUGUACCUGCCCCUCGGGGUAUUUUGGACCCUCCUGUGACAAGGAUGUGGAUGAGUGCUCCUUGGGUCCCAACCCCUGUGAGCAUGCUGGGAAGUGCUUAAACACUAAGGGCUCGUUCCAGUGUAAGUGCCAGCGGGGUUAUGUCGGGCCACGCUGCGAGUUGGACGUCAAUGAGUGCAUCUCCAAUCCGUGUAAGAACGAGGCCACCUGCUUGGACCAGAUAGGGGACUUCCAAUGCAUCUGCAUGCCAGGUUACGAGGGGGAAUUCUGUGAGAUCAAUACGGACGAGUGUGCCAACGGCCCCUGCUUCAACAGCGGCAAGUGUAUCGACAAGAUCAACGGCUUCCACUGCGAGUGCCCCACAGGGACCAUGUGCAACAUUGAUAUCGAUGAGUGUGCUGUAAACCCCUGCCGGAACGGCGGCACCUGUAUCGACGGCAUCAACUCUUUCACCUGCAAGUGUCCGGACGGCUACCAGGAUCCCACCUGCUUCUCCCAGGUCAACGAGUGUCUCAGCAACCCCUGCAUCCACGGUCACUGCGAGGACAAGAUCAACGGCUAUGAAUGUUUGUGCGACUCUGGCUGGAGCGGUAAGAACUGUGACAUCAACAACAACGAGUGUGAAUCCAACCCAUGUAUGAACGGAGGUACCUGCAAGGACAUGACCAGCGGCUACGUCUGCACCUGUCGCAUGGGCUUCACCGGACCAAACUGUCAGACAAACAUCAACGAAUGCGCCUCCAACCCCUGCCUCAACCAGGGAACGUGCAUCGAUGAUGUUGCAGGGUACAAGUGUAACUGUGUCCUGCCUUACACGGGAGAACACUGUGAAACACUGAUGGCGCCCUGUAACUCCAAACCCUGUAAACAUGGAGGAGUGUGUCGUGAGUCGGACGACUACCUGAGCUUCUCCUGUGCCUGUCCUGAAGGGUGGCAAGGCCAAACAUGUGAGGUGGACAUCAAAGAGUGCGUGAAGAACCCGUGUCUGAAUGGAGCCACCUGCCAGAACACUCUGGGCAGCUACCAGUGCAGCUGCAAACCCGGUUUCACUGGACGCAACUGUGAGGCCAACAUUGAUGACUGCAAGCCCAACCCCUGCAACAACGGAGGCCGCUGUCAGGACGAGGUGAACAACUUCCUGUGCACCUGCUUGCUCGGGUUUCGGGGCACAACGUGCGAGGAGGACAUUAACGAGUGUGAAAGCAACCCGUGCAAAAAUGGAGCUAAUUGCACAGAUUGCGUCAACAGCUACACCUGCACCUGCCCGGCCGGCUUUAGUGGGAUCAACUGUGAAAAUAACACCCCUGACUGCACAGAGAGCUCGUGCUUUAACGGCGGCACCUGUGUGGACGGCAUCAACGCCUUCACCUGCCUGUGCCCGCCGGGCUUCACCGGGAACUACUGCCAGCACGACAUCAACGAGUGCGACUCCAAACCCUGCAUGAACGGCGGCACCUGCCAGGACAGCUACGGCACCUACAAAUGCAGCUGUCCGCAUGGCUACACGGGGCUCAACUGUCAGAACUUGGUGAACUGGUGCGACUCCUCGCCCUGUAAAAAUGGAGGCUCCUGCUGGCAGAGAGUCACCGCCUACAGCUGCGAGUGUGAAACUGGCUGGACGGGCCUUUAUUGUGACGUGCCAAGUGUUUCCUGUGAAGUGGCGGCCAAACAAAGAGGAGUUGACAUUUCCCAGCUGUGUCAGAACUCCGGCCAGUGUCUGGACGCCGGAAACGUUCACUACUGUCACUGCCAGGCUGGAUACACGGGCAGCUACUGUGAGGAGCAGGUGGAUGAAUGUACGCCCAACCCCUGCCAGAACGGCGCCACCUGCACAGACUUUCUGGGUGGAUACAGCUGCAAGUGCCUGCCUGGCUUCUUGGGGACCAACUGCUCGGUGGAGAUCAAUGAAUGUUUCUCUCAGCCGUGCCAGAACGGGGGCACCUGCAUUGACCUGAUCGAUACUUACAAAUGCUCCUGUCCCAGAGGAACCCAAGGUGAGCACUGCGAGGUCAACUUUGACGACUGCAGCCCGUUCACCGACCCCUUCACCAAGGAGCCCAAGUGCUUCAACCAGGGCAAGUGUGUGGACAGAGUGGGGGGGUACCACUGCAUCUGUCCCUCGGGGUAUGUGGGGGAGCGCUGUGAGGGAGACGUCAACGAAUGUCUGUCUAACCCCUGCGACCCCCGCGGCACGCACAGCUGCAUCCAGCUCACCAACAACUACCGCUGCGAGUGUCGCACCGGAUACACAGGUCAGCGGUGCGACAAGGUGUUUGAUGGCUGUAAGAGUCGACCCUGUCGUAACGGAGGGACGUGUGCGGUGGCCAGCAACACGCCACACGGCUUCAUCUGCAAAUGUCCUCCUGGCUUCACCGGCUCCACCUGUGAGUACGACUCCCAGACCUGCGGUAGCCUCCACUGCCGCAACGGAGGGACCUGCAUUUCUGGACACAAGAGUCCCAAGUGUCUGUGCCCGCCGUCCUUCACCGGACCGGACUGCCAGCACCCCACCGACAGCCCCUGCAACUCCAACCCGUGCUACAACGGCGGCACGUGCCAACACACGGCCGAGGCGCCAUACUUCCACUGCGUCUGUCCGUCCAAGUUCAACGGCCUUCUCUGCCACAUCCUGGACAACGGCUUCCAGGGGGGGGUCGGCAGCAGCGUGCCCACGCUGCCCGAGGUGACGGUUUCCUGCGGCAUCCCGCAGUGCGAGGCGUACAAGCACAACAAGUACUGCAACACCAUCUGCAACAACCACGAGUGCGGCUGGGACAACGGCGACUGCUCGCUCAACUUUGACGACCCCUGGAAGAACUGCUCCGCCUCGCUGCAGUGCUGGCGCUACUUCAACGACGGGAAAUGUGAUUCGCAGUGCGACAACGCCGGCUGCCUCUACGACGGCUUCGACUGCCAGAACCUGGAAGGGCAGUGCAACCCUCUGUACGACCAGUACUGCAGGGACCACUACGCCGACAACCACUGCGACCAGGGCUGCAACAACGCCGAGUGUGAGUGGGACGGCCUGGACUGUGCCAAGAACCUCCCCGAGAAGCUGGCCGUCGGCCGCCUGGUCCUGGUGGUCCACAUCAGUCCGGAUCACCUCCUGAACAAAUCCUCCACCUUCCUGCGGGAGCUGAGCCGUGUCCUCCGCACCAACGUGCUGUUCCGGAAGGAUUCCAACGGCGAAAUCAUGGUCUAUCCGUACUACGGCGACGAGCACGAGCUGAAGAAGUACAACGUCAAGCGCUCGGUGGACUCCUGGUCGGAGGUUCCUGCCAAGGUGCUGAACGUGAUGAAGAGGAGUCUGUAUGGAGCUGUGGGGAGCAGCAGGAGAGCCAAGAGGGAGCUGGACCAUCUCCAGAUCAAAGGCUCCAUCGUUCAUCUGGAGAUGGACAACCGGCAGUGCUUCCAGCAGUCCAGCGAAUGCUUCCAGAGCACCACGGAUGCCGCCGCCUUUCUCGGCGCUUUGGAGUCCAGCGGCAAAUUAGACGUUCCUUUCACCAUCGAAGCCGUCUACAGCAACGUGGAACCCAAGAACGCUCAGGGACUAUACCCCAUCUACCUAGUCCUCGGCGGCGUGGGGAUUCUGGCCUUACUGGGGGUGGGGAUGGUGGCCGCCCGGAAGCGGCGCCACGAGCAAGGGCGCCUCUGGCUUCCUGAGGGCUUCAAGACCACGGAGAGCAGCAAGAAGAAGAGGCGGGAGCCGGUCGGAGAGGAUUCGGUGGGGUUGAAGCCGCUGAAGAACUCCGACAUCUCGCUGAUGGACGACAUGCCCACCGAGUGGGGGGAGGACGAACCCACCGACGCAACACGCUUCAAGCAGUUUGAGGAGCAGGCGGUCCUGGACACGGACGAUCAGACGGACCACCGUCAGUGGACACAGCAGCACCUGGACGCCGCCGACCUGCGCAUCCCCUCCAUCGCCCCCACUCCCCCUCAGGGCGAGAUCGAGAACGACUGCAUGGACGUGAACGUGAGGGGACCAGAUGGAUUCACCCCGCUGAUGAUCGCAUCCUGCAGUGGCGGCGGGCUGGAGACGGGCAACAGCGAGGAGGAGGAAGACGCCUCGGCGAACGUCAUAAACGACUUCAUCUACCAGGGCGCCAACCUUCACAACCAGACCGACCGCACUGGCGAGACGGCUCUGCACUUGGCUGCGCGCUACGCCCGCUCGGAUGCGGCCAAGCGCCUGCUGGAGGCCAGCGCCGACGCCAACAUCCAGGACAACAUGGGACGGACGCCGCUGCACGCCGCGGUGGCCGCAGACGCACAGGGAGUGUUCCAGAUUCUAAUACGGAACCGCGCCACCGAUCUGGACGCUCGCAUGCAUGACGGCACCACGCCGCUCAUCUUGGCGGCCAGGCUGGCGGCGGAGGGGAUGGUGGAGGAGCUCAUCAACUGUCACGCUGAUGUCAACGCCAUCGAUGACUUUGGUAAAUCCGCUCUUCACUGGGCCGCCGCGGUAAACAACGUGGAGGCAGCCAUCGUCCUGCUGAAGAACGGCGCCAACAAAGACAUGCAGAACAACAAGGAGGAAACUCCUCUGUUUCUGGCGGCCCGGGAGGGGAGCUACGAGACGGCGAAGGUCCUGCUGGAGCACUUUGCCAACAGAGAAAUAACCGACCACAUGGACCGGCUGCCCAGAGACAUCGCACAGGACAGAAUGCAUCACGACAUCGUGCGGCUGAUGGACGAGUACAACAUGGUACGCAGUCCUCCCAUGCACGGAGGCGCCCUGAGCACCACGCUGUCCCCUCCUCUCUGCUCCCCCAACGGCUUCCUGAGCAGCAUGAAGCAGCCUCAGCCGCAAAGCCAGAAAAAGGCCCGCAAACCCAGCGCCAAGGCCAUCGGCUGCAAGGACGGCAAAGACAUGAAGGUGAAGAAGAAGAACUCACAGGACGGGAAGUCCGUCAACCUGCUGGACAGCUCGGCUGUCCUGUCCCCGGUGGACUCGCUGGAGUCUCCUCACGGCUACGUCUCCGACGUGGCGUCUCCUCCCAUGAUGACGUCUCCUUUCCAGCAGUCGCCGUCCGUGUCCCUGAACCACCUGCAGGGCAUGUCGGACCCCCACCUGGCCGUCGGCCACAUGGUGAUGCCAAACAAGCAGGAGCUGGCCCGGAUGCAGUUCGACCCGCUGCCCCCCCGCCUGACCCACCUCCCGGUCCCCGGCUCUGGAGGUCAGGGGUCAAUGAACGGCCAGUGUGACUGGCUCUCCAGGAUGCACAGCGGCAUGAGCCAAACGGGCCAGUUCAACCCCAUGAGAGGCGGCCACCAGGGGGCGCAGCACGGCAUGAUGACCACCGCGCUCCACAACGGACACCCCGCCUCCAGCCUGACCCAGAUGAUGACCUACCAGGGGAUCCAGGGCACCAGGCUGGGCCCUCCGGUCCACAUGAUGCAGCAGCAGCAGAUCCAGCAGCUGCAGAACCUCCAGCAGCUGCAGCUGCAGCACCAGAACUCAAACACCACCAACAGCCAGAACUUCAUCAGCGGCGAGCUGAGUUCUCCAGAGCUCCAGCCGGGAUCCGGCAGCUCCAGCAUUCCCAUCCACACCAUCCUCCCCCAGGAGAGCCAGAUCCUGCCCUCCUCCAUCAGCCAGUCCAUGCCCAGCACCCAGUUCCUGACCCCACCCUCCCAGCACAGCUACUCGGGCCCCAUGGACAACACUCCCAACCAUCAGGUGCAGGUUCCCGACAACCCCUUCCUGACCCCAUCCCCCGGCUCCCCGGACCAGUGGUCCAGCUCGUCUCCUCAUUCCAACAUGUCCGACUGGUCCGAGGGCAUUUCCAGUCCGGCCACCAGCAUGCAGUCUCAGAUGGGACACCUUCCGGAGCAGUUCAAAUAAACCCAGCAGAUUUAAAGGACUUUAUGCGCUUUUAUACUAACAGCAUCUGCAUCUUUUGACUUUUUAUUUAUUAAUGUCUCGUUAUUUAUGUGCCUGCUUGUUGACGUCUGUGGCGUUAGGUCAGACGCUCCUCCUGUAGUACCUCCUUCUGCCUGGAGGGCGCAGCGUACACACUGGGUAUUUAUUUUCUUCAAAACUUGUAGUCUUUGCUUUUUUUAUAUUAUUUCUUUAUCCCUGUUUGUGUAUUUUUUUUGUACAAUCUGAGACCCGGAUUAAAUUAGAGCACAUUUUUCAGUUUCAGUGUUACGAAGUUUUGGGAAAUAUUAGUUGCUGCUCGCUGUGAAUUUUUCUUUUCCUUAUCGUCGGACGGGUGGAGCAGCUCUUAUUACAUUCGUGGAUGUGAUUAUGUUGUACAGAGUACGGCCAUCUUGGAGAUUGGCAGUGAAGGCAGGCUUGUGUUAUAAGUCCUGCUGGAGAACCGGCCUGUUGGCCGCCAUGUUGGUUUGGUUUUUCCCCCAAAGGGAACAGGAAGCGCCGUCUUUCCCUCCCUCCCUCCGGUCAGUUUGAGCCUAUGGCUGCUCUUCCCUCUGUAAAUAUGCUCCGCUUUCCCCUUGUAAGCAAGAUUUUGUUUAAGAAAUCGAAUGCCUUGGACGUGGAUUGGAUGGGUCAGUAGUUUCUGAAGUGUAAGACAUAGGAGAUUAUAUAUUUUGUAUAUUAAAACCCCCAAUGCAAAUAAAAAAAUGAAAGGAAGCAGAUGAAAUAUAUGAUUAGAUAAGACUGAUUCUAAGGUUUUUGUAUGAAGUUGUGAAUCACCAUAAAUCACUGAGAAAACUUUUUUUUUGUUCCAAUAAAACCUGUUGGUAAAGUUCUCUGUGAUGUUCUUAGUGAGAUGUUCUCAAAAAAUCCAAACUGUUAUGAAAUCUGCAAUAUGUUUGUUUUCUUUGUCAAAUUCUACUUUUCCUGAAAUGUUUUUUCUUUGAUUUUUUAUCCUGUAAAAAUAUCUUGUUAUAAUGAACGGCACUUGCGAUUCUCAAAUUGA